AUGCUGAAUUAUUCAAAAAAUACAUCUAGUUACUCUUCAACAAAAUCACACGACUCAAUCUGGCGUAAAGUAGGAAAACUCCUUCAUCCAAAGUGCAAGUCAUCUUCCAGCAGCACCUCUAGCUCUUCCACACAUUCAUCUAGUUUUUCUCAUCGAGGAAACGAAAGCAGCUCGACAUUGUCCACAAUGAAAAGCGGAGAAUUCGAUAGUCAGUCUUCACACACUAAAAGACAAAGAAAACAAUAUGUUUAUCAAGAAGAACCACCACAGUUGAUUAUACCACCAUUCAGUCCAACCUAUCUCAAAGCUAAUGAGUUUCCUUACUCAAAUUUUUAUGUAAAAUUGCCAGAUGGAAGGUGGAUGGUUCGAUAUAGAGAUGGCAAUCGUGAUAUUUUGCGUACAGACUUUGUGGAAGGUUACUUGAUCUGA